AAUGAGCCCAAGGGAGUCUAAGCUGUUGCUGCUGGAAGAGUACCCAAUUUCCAUGUCAUUUGCACGGAUCUUGCUGUGAAAUGAACCAAGCAGGGACUUGUUGGAUACUUGACUUCCUUCGUUGAGUAUUCUGAAGAUAUUGUCUCACUGUUGUUCUAACUGUGUCCUGUCCUCCUCUUGCCAAGGCAAACAGCCCAUCUCAAGGAGGCAUUCCUGGGCUCAUCUACCGGCCUGAUCAUGAACACAGGCAGAGCUGAUGACCACCAGGAUUCCCAAGGGACAUGGGGCCCUGCGGGGUCUGGCCCUCAAGAGCAGGACCUCCCAUGAUGCCGGUGUCCUGGAGUGAGCACCAUGCCCAUCACCCAGGACAAUGCUGGGCUGCACCUCCCCCUCCUCUGCCAGUGGCUGCAGAACAGCCUGCGGGAGGGCGGGGAUGGGCCCGAGCAGCGGCUCUGCCAGGCAGCCAUCCGGAAGCUGCAGGAGUACAUCCAGCUCAACUUGGCUGUGGAUGAGAAUCCAGUUGCCCCUGACCACAGCCCACCAGAAAUGGAGAUCUGUACUGUGUACCUCACCAAGCAGCUGGGGGACACAGAGACUGUGGGCCUCAGUUUUGGGAACAUCCCUGUUUUUGGGGACUAUGGUGAAAAGCGCAGAGGAGGCAAGAAGAGGAAGACCCACCAGGGCCCUGUGCUGGAUGUGGGCUGCAUCUGGGUGACAGAGCUGAGGAAGAACAGCCCAGCGGGGAAGAGCGGGAAGGUCCGGCUGCGGGACGAGAUCCUCUCCCUGAACGGGCAGCUGAUGGUCGGAGUGGACGUCAGUGGGGCCAGUUACCUGGCUGAGCAGUGCUGGAAUGGAGGCUUCAUCUACCUGAUAAUGCUGCGGCGCUUCAAGCACAAAGCCCACUCGACUUACAAUGGCAGCAACAGCUCGGAACCAGGAGAGACACCUACCUUGGAGCUGGGUGACCAAACCUCAAAGAAGGGAAAAAGAACGAGAAAGUUUGGAGUCAUCUCCAGACCUCCGGCCCACAAGGCUCCCGAGGAACCGGCGAGCAGCGCUGGCUGCGAGGAGGCCAAUGAUGCGGAUGCGGGCUCGGAGCUGGAGAACGGCGGCACCGACCCGGAGCUCGGAAACGGACACGGCUCGGAGCUGGAGAACGGCCCCCCCUCUCUCCAGGAGGAGGCUGCACCCAGUCUAGAGAGCUCAGCAGCAGCCAAAGAGGCAGAGCCUGGACUCCCGAAGGCAGAGGCUGCUCUGACCACGGGCAGUGACAAAGGCCGCUUCUCCAAAGCUGGGAAGAUGGACUGCCAGUCAAGUGACUGCCUGCCACGGGAGGAAGUUGGUCGGAUAUGGAAGAUGGAGCUGCUCAAAGAAUCAGAUGGGCUGGGAAUUCAGGUUAGUGGAGGCCGAGGAUCAAAGCGCUCACCUCACGCUAUCGUUGUCACUCAAGUGAAGGAAGGAGGUGCCGCUCACAGGGAUGGCAGACUGUCCUUGGGCGAUGAACUACUGGUGAUCAAUGGUCACUUACUGGUCGGGCUCUCCCAUGAGGAAGCUGUGGCCAUUCUUCGCUCCGCCACUGGAAUGGUGCAGCUGGUGGUGGCCAGCAAGGAAACCUCUGCGGAGGACCUCCUCAGGCUGACUUCCAAGAGCUUACCGGAUCUGACCAGCUCAGUAGAGGAUGUAUCCUCUUGGACUGACAACGAGGACCCAGAGCCAGAUGGGGAAGAGGAGGAAGGGACCGGUUCGUCUUCUGUCCAGAGAGCGAUGCCCGGGACCAACGAGCCCCAAGACGUGUGCGGCCCUGAGGGUUCCAAGGGGAACCUGCCAAGCCCCAAACAGGGCAACAGUAAAAUGAAGCUCAAGAGUCGUCUUUCAGGAGGUGUCCACCGACUAGAGUCCGUCGAAGAGUAUAAUGAGCUGAUGGUGCGCAAUGGAGACCCUCGAAUCAGGAUGUUGGAGGUCUCCCGAGAUGGCCGGAAGCACUCUCUUCCUCAACUUCUGGACUCUUCUGGGACAGGACAGGAAUACCACAUCGCGAGAAAGUCCACCCGCUCCCUAAGCACAACUCACGUGGAGUCUCCUUGGAGACUCAUCCGGCCAUCUGUUAUCUCCAUCAUUGGGCUGUACAAGGAAAAAGGCAAGGGUCUUGGCUUUAGCAUCGCCGGAGGUCGAGACUGCAUCCGAGGCCAGAUGGGGAUUUUUGUCAAGACCAUUUUCCCAAAUGGGUCAGCCGCAGAGGACGGAAGACUGAAAGAAGGGGAUGAAAUCCUGGAUGUAAAUGGAAUACCAAUAAAGGGCUUGACGUUUCAAGAAGCCAUUCAUACUUUUAAGCAAAUCCGAAGCGGGCUGUUUGUCUUAACGGUUCGCACAAAGUUACUGAGCCCCAGCCUCACACCCUGCUCGACCCCUACACACAUGAGCAGAUCCAGCUCUCCAAACUUCAACACCAGUGGGGGGACCUCAGCAGGAGGAUCUGACGAAGGCAGCUCCUCCGUGGGACGGAAGACCCCUGGGCCCAAGGACAGAAUCGUCAUGGAAGUCACACUCAACAAAGAGCCAAGGGUUGGAUUAGGCAUUGGUGCCUGCUGCUUGGCUUUGGAAAACUGUCCCCCAGGCAUCUACAUACACAGCCUGGCACCAGGAUCUGUGGCCAAGAUGGAGAGCAACCUGAGCCGCGGAGACCAAAUCCUAGAAGUGAACUCUGUCAACGUCCGACAUGCUGCUUUAAGCAAAGUGCACUCCAUCUUGAGCAAGUGCCCUCCGGGACCUGUCCGCCUGGUCAUCGGCCGCCACCCUAACCCCAAGGUUUCCGAACAGGAAAUGGAUGAAGUGAUAGCACGCAGCACUUACCAGGACAGCAAAGAGGCCAAUUCCUCUCCUGGCUUAGGUACCCCCUUCAAGAGUCCUUCUCUUGCCAAAAAGGACUCCCUUAUUUCUGAUUCUGAAUUCUCCCCGUACUUUGCCCAUGAUGCCCAGGGCUCCUUGUCAGACUUUAUGGUGACCGGCUCCGAGGACGAGGAUCACCCCAGCAGUGGCUGCAGCACAUCCGAGGACAGCAGCCUGACUCUCAGCACCUCCACUCACAGGGAGCCAGAAAAAGCCAGGGCCAACAGCCUCGUGGCUCUCGGAAGCCAAUGGGCCUCUGGACUCUUCCACAAGCAGGUGACGGUUGCCAGACAAGCCAGUCUCCCUGGAAGCCCACAGGCCCUCAGGAACCCUCUCCUCCGCCAGAGGAAGGUGGGCUGCUAUGACGCUAAUGAUGCCAGUGAUGAGGAAGAGUUCGAUGGAGAGGGGGCCUGCAUUUCACUCCCAGAAGCCCUCACAGGUCCCAGCAGGCCUCUGUCAGAGGAUGGCACCAGGCACGUCUCCAUGACCUCUCACAAGGCCGGGGGCAGCAACAAGCAAGAGGAACCGCCCCAGAAAACACUGGUCAGCAAGGCCUCCUCCGUGCCACUCCUGGGCAGCUCGCUGGACUUGGAGGGGAGCGUGCCAAUAGGUGUGGUGCCUGCUCCUUCCCAGGCAGCUGGCAGAGCCCCCAAGAGUGGCGCUGGUGGCUCAGGAAAAAAGGAACUGUCAGGAUCGAGGAGUUCACCCAAACUGGAAUACAAAGUCCACGUGGACACCCCAGGUGUGAUGAGCACAGAGAACCCCAUUACUCCCAAGCAGAAGAGUGAAGACCUGGUGUCCAGGCACAGACCAGUGGCCAAGGUCACCCCUCACUGCAAGAGGCCCACGGCAGAGGGUGGGCUCAGCAGCUCUAAGACAGCGGCCCUGACCAGCAGAACCGAUGAACCGUGUUGUCAGGAUGUGAAUGCGACUCUCCUCAGCGAGACCACCAUGGAGAAGGAACCUUUGGGAAAGCUGGGCCCUGGGGACGGACGUGUCCCCACUGACUGCGGGACACCCAGAGCUCUGUCCCACACGGACACUGGACGCCUCACAGAGAACCCGCCCGAAGCUGCUCCAGAGCAGGGACCAGAACCCGAGACUGGACUGGACAGCUCCCCGGCCCUCCUCCCAUGCCCAGGAAAGAAGGGAGCUGCUCAUCCUCAGGCCGGCCAGGUCUCCACAGACACAGGGCCUGUCAGCUGGUCCGAGAGUCCCAGCCAGACCGCCGCAUCCAGGCUCUGUGAGCCCAAGCCCCAGGGUGGCUCUGCAGUGAGGCUGGCCUGCGAGUGCCACACGGCCCCGGUGGGGAUCACUGUGGCUCCUCCUGACCUCAGCGAGACUCGGGCUGCACCAGGAGCCCACUCACCUUGUGACACCAUGAAAGUGGCUGCCCACAGGAGUGUGGGACUAGGGGCUGAGGGAGCCACUCCAGCCAGCACUGUCCCGCCACGAGACGCCCUCACUUCCCACGAGGGUAGUCGAGGAGCUCCAAGUGACCACAGGGAGCAGGCCUCUGAAAUGACCGCAGUCUGUACACCUCACGGCUCCCCACAGGCUGCCCUGCUCCAGGACCCAGAUUUCCUACCUGUGAGCCCCUCCUUGCCAGUGUCCCCUGACGGGACCAAAGAUACAUGUGACGGUGUCUCGGGGCACUGCUGCCCAUCUGAGAGCAGAGGGGCCCCCGUGACAGACAUUGACAGCUUCAUUGAGGAGUCAGAGGCUUCUGCAGCCAGGUCCCAGUCUUCUCAGAAGGGGGACUGCAGAGGUCACGAGGCGAGUUCUCAGAGUAUCCACCACACCCCGCCAGUCACGGGUGAGCAGACGCCCUCCGCGAGGAAGGCCCCACAGUGUGCCUCCCAGCCUUCAGUUUUGGAUUCCAUUCAUCCUGACAAACAUUUUACUGUGAACAAAAACUUUCUGAGCAGCUACUCUAGAAAUUUUAGCAGUUUUCAUGAUGACAGGAUGUCCUUGUCAGGCCCGGGAGACAGCACAGAGCCAUCUCUCUCAUCCAUGUAUGGUGAUGCUGAGGACUCGUCUUCUGACCCUGAAUCACUCACAGAGGCUGCACAAGCUUCAACCAGAGGCAGCUGGUCCCCUCCUCAUCCACAUGGGUCUUCUCACAAGGAAGACACUGCAGAGUCUGAGGAAGAACAAAUCGAAAUAUGUUCCACAGAUGGCUGCCCCAGUCUACCCUCAACAAAUACCCAUCGUCCCAUCCAGGCUAUGCCCUGCCCUGCUUCAGCCAAAGUUCUGCCAUUACAGCACAGUGCCCGGAGUGAGUCUGUGGACAGCGCCUGUGGGAAAGCCUCCUUCUUGCCAGGAGCUUCAUGCCCUUCCCUCCCAGACUCUACCCAGCCACUCUCACUCCUGGAUAUGAGCUCUCAGGAGCAAAAAACUCCUUCAGACAUAAGCAUUGUACAGAUCCAUGGGUCCUUGUGUGCAGAAGAAACUGUGGGAGUCACCAGUGCCAGCUCAGCCAUGGACAAUGCCCAGCCUUCUAAGGCCACCAGGCACUGUCACAACCCACUAGACACACUCAGCUCCCCCCACAUGAUGAAUGGUUUGGGACAUAACCCGCUGGAUGACAAAACCCCAAAUGAACAAGAAAUAAACACUACUGCAACGGAAAGCGUGUACUUCAGUACAGAUGUCCCUAAGAAUGGAGAGUUGGUUCUGGAAAAUCUAUGCAUCUCUGAAAGCCAAGACUUGGAGGGCUUGUUACAGAAACCAAAAGCGAUCUCCAGGAGGCCCAUCAUGGCCUGGUUCAAAGAAAUAAGUAAGAAUAACCACAGUACCCAAGUGCAGAGCAAAACUGAGAAAGAACCCUCCACACUACCAGCCAAGAGUCCCGACUCCAAAAUCCAGGUAUUGAGCUCAAGCCACAAAAAGGGGUUUGCUGUGCCUAGUAGCCCUCCUGCGCUCAAAGUCAGUCUUGAAAAUAAGCAUUCAUCUAAAAAAGGCUCAGUGGAAUCACUUUUGAGUAACGGUCAGAAAGCCAAGUGUGGCCCUAAGCUAAAGAGACUCAGCAUCAAAAGCAAAAGCAAAGGUGGCUCGGAGGUCCCUGCUUCAAACUCUGCUACGGCCGGUGGGACAGAUCACAGGAAAUCCUUAGUUUCACCCCAGACCUCACACAAAACACUUCCGAAGGGAGCAUCACACCGCUUCCACAUAGCUGACUGUGAGGAACCUGACGAAAACACCACGGAUGCCCCCAAGUCUCCCCAGGGCAGGCUGGAGACCAUGCCCAUACCGGCUGCCUCUGGCUCAGUGAAGUCCUCGGCCUCAGACACGAGCAUCCCAACAUUCACUUCGCCUCUGACCUCCCCCAAGACUCUUCCUGAGCAAGGCACAUACAGUAGGUUCCACGCGGCUGUCCACUCUGCAGCCAGCAGAGGCUGUCCAGCUACCCCCCGAUCUCCUGGGGCUGGCAGUGCUGACUCCGGGCCUGUGAGUCCCACAGCAUCCGGGCACAGUGCGUCCUCGGCAGGUACCAGACAGGGAGAGCAGCAUGCGACCAGCCGAAUGGACUUGGUAUCAGAAGUGGUUCGACCUGGGGCGGCCAGUGAAAAAGGAAGCAAAAGCCUUGUUAGUGAUCCCCUAGAGAGAACAAACCAGCUGAAAAUAGUUGAGAUUGCUUCUGAAAGGAUGCCAGAGAAUGCAUGUGGUGACAAGCCAGCUGAAAGUGACAGACUGGGAGGGUUCUCGGCCCGGAGCACCUGUCAGGAGAAAAGUGAAAUCAGAUGCCACCAGUCAGUGGAACAGUCCCCAGAUUAUCCACCCUCUGCCUCUCCAGUAGAGCAGGAAACGCGGCGAUCAUUCUGUGUAACCAAAUUGGCUUCUUCCUCCUCCCCUCAGCUGCCUGCUAAAAAAGCAGCUUCCUCCCAGGGAGGAUGGAGCCAGAUAGCAGUGGGCCCUGCUGGGGAGGACCCUCCCUACUUCACACCACGGCCGGCCACCAGGACCUACUCCAUGCCAGCCCAGUUCCCCAGCCAUUUUGGGCGGGAGAAUCAUACCCCGCCCAGCCCGGGUCACUCUCCUCGGGACAGCCAGGUCCCUGCGAAGAGUAGUGGUCACCCAUUGGAGGCAAAGGCUUCCAAAGGUGGCAUCCUGGGCCUGCCCCAUGGACAGGGCAUGUACAGUGUAAAGCCACUGCUGGAAACAUCAAGGAACCUCCACACAACAGACAAAGGGGACGUCGUCUCAGUCUCAGACAAGGUCAAAGUCACCAGGAAGCAUUACUAUUACGAGCAGAACUGGCCCCUCGAAUCUACCUCAUUCUUUUCUGUGAAGCAGAGGAUCAAGUCCUUUGAGAACCUGGCCAAUUCUGACCGGCCCGCAGCUAAGGCCGGGGUGUCCCCAUUUUUGUCUGUGAGCACCAAGCCUCCCGUUGGCAGACGGUCUUCCGGCAGCAUCAUUUCCGGGAGCCUCUGCAACGCCAGUGACGCAGCAGCGAGGUCACUGAGGCGCAGCUUGAGUUCCUGCACUGAAAGCCAAAGUGAAGCCAGUACCCUUCUCCCGCCAAUGAGCAAGUCCCCAUCCAGCACGAUGUUGACUGUCUCCCGGCAGAAUCCAGCAGAGACCAGCAGCAAGGGACCCAAUUCAAACCAAAAGAAACCACCAAUGACUUUGGAAAUUCCCACCCCAACAGUGACGCCACCCUCUCCCGCCAGGAAGAACAAGUCCUUGGUGCGCCACACACAGCUCUCGCCCGUGUCCCGCUCCAAGCUGCAGGAACUGAGGGCGCUGAGCAUGCCCGAUCUGGACAAGCUCUGCGGGGGCGACGAUGAUUACUCUGCGGGGCCCAGCGCCAUGAUCUUCAAAACCCAGCUGGAGAUCGUCCCCAGGAGGUCACAGGGCGGCUCCCCCGCGGGAGGCCUUCAGGCCAGUGAAGGGGGCCGACCGCUCCAGGACCUGCCUCCCGGGAAAAGCUGGUCAAUUAAUUUGGAUCAACUUCUCAUCUCAGCGGGGGACCAGCAGAGAUUACAGUCCAUUUUAGAAUCAGUGGGAUCCAAAUCCACCAUCCUAAUACUCCUUCAGGAAGCAAAAGCACAAUCAGAGAAUAAAGAAGAUAUUUGCUUCAUAGUGUUGAACAAAAAAGAAGGCUCAGGUCUGGGAUUCAGUGUGAUAGGAGGGACAGAUGGAGACCUGAAAUCAGUCAUGAUCCACAGGGUGUUUGCUCAGGGGAUGGCUUCUCAGGAAGGGACCAUGAGCCGAGGGGACUUCCUUCUUUCUGUCAAUGGUGCCUCCCUGGCCGGCUUGGCCCACGGAGAUGUCCUGAAGGCUCUGCAUCAGGCACAGCUGCACAAGCAGGUCCUCGUGGUCAUCAAGAAAGGGAGUGACCGGCCCAGGCCCUCUGUCAGGCAGGAGCCUCCCACGGCCAACGGAAAGGGUUCCCUCACCAGAAAGACCAGCUCAUUGGCACCUGGAACUGGGAGAAGUGGAGCUACUCACGAGGCUCUGUGCGUUGAAGUGCUGAAGACCUCGGCUGGACUGGGACUGAGUCUGGAUGGAGGCAGAUCGUCUGUGGCUGGAGAUGGACCCCUGGUCGUUAAAAGGGUAUACAGAGGUGGUGCAGCAGAACAAGCAGGAACAAUAGAAGCUGGAGAUGAAAUUCUUGCUAUUAACGGGAAAUCCCUGGCUGGGCUCAUGCACUUUGAUGCUUGGAAUAUUUUGAAGUCUGUUCCGGAAGGACCUGUGCAGUUAAUAAUUAGAAAGCACAGGAAUUCUUCAUAAAUUUUAACAAGAGUCACCUUUUCUAAGUUCUUAUUUUAGCAAAUCAAAAUGACUUCUUUAAAUGAUGGGUUGAGACAACAAACAGUGAUAUAGACAAGGACUACAAAAAUCUCCAAGUUUGUACUUACACA